AUACAGUUGGAGUUCAACAUGAAAAUCUAUGAGAAUUUGUGUGAAUCAGACUUUAGUUGCACAUCAAUGAAUUUGUCUGGAAGUCCUCUUGAAAUAUGUGGAGAUGCUUCCUACUUUCUGAGAAACACAUCGUAUGUUUGUACCAGUCGAUUUGUAGUGCCUGUCUGUAGUGAGAUAACCCAGCUAUCUGUGUGUGAGGGGACGGGAGAUUCUUCCUAUCCUAACACUGUCACUCUACAAGUAGUAGCUCAUAUGAACUAUGUACAAGGAAGAGGAGGAGGUGGCCGACUUGGAACCUGUGCUACGGCAGGACUGAUAAAUCUGUACCUUUUUGGUCCAGAGGCUGUCCCUGUAUUCCCAGUGUUGAAAGAUACAAGUACCCAAUAUAAUCCUCUGGAACAGAUUCCGUGGAACAUGUAUGGUCUGAACAUUCAUGCCACUAGUGCUUCAAUGGAAGACAGGUUCUCCAGUCAUUGUGCUGCUCUGCUGGAGUCUACGGUGCCACAAACACACAAGAAGGUUGACAGCAAGUUUGCUCUCUUUAUCCAUGUCCAUUUUGGGAUCGACGGUCAGCCUAUACAGGCUAAGCUAGAUUUUUGUGCAUGGUUGCAAAAGAAUUAUCCCAGUAUUUUAACGGACCAUCAACAGGAGAUAGACAAGGUUAUUUCAGGAGUAGUGGCCCGCCUACUAAAGCCACACAGGGACACGGACAAAAAGGUACAGUUAAACCUAUCAGUUACCGAUACUGUAUACUUGAUGCUGAGAGUUUUCGGACUCUUUCUCUUUACAAACU